AUGUAUCAUGAACAUUCCAGAGAAUCGGCAUCCGAUGAGGAUGAGUCUACCAUCUCGGCAAAGGGUUCAUUUGCCGCACUAUCGUCAAAGGAAUGGGUAACUGUGGUGAUGCUAGCAUUAGCAAAUCUUUGCUCAACAGUAGCGUUCAGCUGUAUCGCUCCUUUUUACCCUGAUGAGGCUAAAAAGAAAGGCAUGACUGAGUCACAGACUGGGAUUGUGUUUGGUAUAUUUGAGCUUGUGAUGUUCGUCAUGGCACCGAUUUUUGGAAGAUACAUGACCGUUAUUGGAUCCAAGAACAUGUUUACUCUGGGCCUUGCUAUCACAGGAAUAACGGCUAUACUUUUCGGGUUUCUUAAUUAUCUUCCAUCGGGUAACAUAUUCUUUCUGGCUAGCCUUCUAGUUCGAAUACUGGAAGCAGUUGGAGACGCGGCUUUUGUGACAUCGAGCUUCGCAAUCUCGGCCAAAUGUUUUCCAGGCAACAUUGCCGUCAUAGUGGGUGUUAUGGAGACGUUCGCUGGGCUUGGUUAUACAGCAGGACCUGUGGUUGGUGGAAUCCUGUACGAGUUCGGUGGAUUUCAAGUUCCUUUUCUAGUACUUGGUGCUAUUUUGAUGGUGGCUACAGCUCUAGGCUGGUGGUUGAUAGAGAACUACAAGGAUGAUGACGUACCCGGGUCGAAAGGAAUGGUGGCUAUGCUACGAAUACCUGUCAUCUGGAUUAUGGUCUAUGCUGUUGUGGUGUGCGCAAUUUCGCUGUCGUUCUUAGACCCGACGCUCUCCGCCCAUCUUCAAUCGUUUCAUCUUUCGCCUGCGAUGAUUGGCCUUAUGUUUUUGCUCUGUGGCGGAAUCUACACUCUAUCGGCUCCAAUAUGGGGUCUACUCAUCGACAGGUUUCAAUGUACAACAGCUGUGAUGGUGUUCGGCUCAGCAGCUACCGUAUUUUCGAUGGUAUUAAUAGGACCGUCACCGUUGUUGCCUUUUGACAAGAAUCUUAUUGUAAUCGGCAUAUCACUAGCUGUGCUUGGUGUUGCUGCUGGCGCUCUUUACAUUCCUACGUUUCAAAGUUGUUUGGAUGCUGUUAAUGGAUUUAUGGGUCCCACUGUGGGUGGGUUUGUGGUAGAGAAAAUCGGGUUCGCAUGGACUACUACGAUUAUCGGUGCUAUACAUGUUAUGUUUGUGAGUUUAUUUAUUUCAUUUGUUAACGGUGGCCAUCUUCUACAGUCCGUGCUGCACGAGAACUACAUCGCAACGUCGUACUUAACUGCACCUCAUCAGUAUUGGUAUUGUAUAGAGUACAGAGCUGAAUAG